GCGUUUCAUCAUUUUAAAAGUAUAAAAACCUGCCUAAACACUGUACAGUAUUUUUAUUCGGAUUGAUUUUUGCAAUAAAAUACCCUCGUCGUGCGAUGAGCUUCGUGACCAAGGCAAACCACAAACGAUGCCUGUGGGUCGGUGGCCUGGAUAAGACCGUGACGGAAGACAUCCUUCGCGCGGCAUUCGUUCCAUUCGGCCCUCUCAAGGAUGUGCAGAUUCCCAUGGACUUCACCGGCACCAAUCAGCAAAACAAGGGCUUUGGCUUUGUCGAGUAUGACCUGGAAGAAGACGCAAAAGAAGCGCUGGACAACAUGGACGACUCGGAACUGUACGGCAAAGUGCUCAAGGUGAACAUUGCCAAGUCCCAGAACAACGAGCGCACCCAGGGGAACCGCGCCGUGUGGGAUCAGAACCUCGACGACGAGCAACCCGAAGACAGCAGCAACCAGCAGCCCGACGUCCCAGCCAACGCCGCCGCCACCAAGCCACCUGCUGCCUAAUCGAUCCACUUUCUAACACACUCACCCCGUGAUAUCUCAUCGUUCAAACCUAUCGUUCUACCUACCUACCUGGCUUCAUUGGUCCUUCGAGCAAGUGCAAAGCAGUCAUCUGGGGGGUGGUGCUGUAUGGGAGCAAAGUAUCUACUGAAUGUGUGAUGGCUACCGCAAAGCAUCAAGGCUGCCUCCACGAGUGGGCGACCUAGUAACGUUAAUCACCACGUAGUACGUAUUAAUAGUAG